GAAGACUGGUAUCAGCAGAAGGAGGAGAAGCUGAAAGACAGACCGGAGGAGCUGAUGCUGUGGGCGGCGGAGAAUAACAGAGGGACUCUGCCGACGGUCAAGCGGCUGCUCUCGGUUGACCCCUUGCUUGCGCAUUGCCAGGACGAGGACGGCUAUACUUCGUUGCACCAUGCGGCCUACGGAGGCCACGCCGCCACGGCCUCUACCCUGCUGCCAGCGGGCACCGAAGUUAACUCCCGCACUGCCGACGGCUGGACGCCCCUACACGGCGCCUGUCGCUGGGGCCAAGUCGCCACCGCACGCCCAGCCCAACGGUGGCCUCACAGCGCUCCACCUAGCUGCCUCCCACCCUGGACAGGGCUCCGCCCACACGCUGGAGUUCCUCCUAUCGCUGUGCUCCAUCAAGGCGGAGCUUCAGAGCAAAAGCUAGGAGAAGGCCAGUGAAAUCACUAGCCGAAGUG